AUGGUCUUUAGCCAUUUUAAUUUACUAGACAACUUGUCGGAAGAUCUCUGGGGUCAGAUACUUUCACAUGUGGAAAUAUAUGAAAUUACUCAAUUCUUCAAACGGAAUUCUCAACCCUUUCUACAACGAAACCAUAACAUUAAGCCGGCUUUGAAGAGUUACAUUCGAAAUGCGGGGAGUUUCCUGUACUCGUGGGACCUGGAUGCUACAUAUUUGUUUGACGACCAACCUCAGCCAAACAAGUUGGGUGGAUUAAAACUUCAGUCCAAAAGUCAAUUUCAAACACUAUACGACUAUUGCAUUCGAGAAAAAGUGCCAGUUAUUGCACAUUUGUCUUAUAAGAAGCACUCUACUGAGUAUUUGUAUGAGUUCAAAGACUUGAUUGAGGAGUUACAACCAAGCUCGACAGUGAAAUUGAGUGUCGAAAUCUUAUUCCUGAAGUACAAGAACAAUUACGCCAUUGAUGUUGCUCAGUUGUUGAGCUUUCUCAAAAAAGCCAAAAGUAGCAUUUACCUGUUUUCCAUCGACCUUGGACAAGACGAUGCACAUUACAACAAUGAGAUAAACUUGAGUGACCUCAAAAAUAUUGAAAUUUUGAAACUUUGCAAUUGUUUCGUGAAAGGCUCCUUUUUGGAGUGUGACAACUUGAAGGACCUUACGUAUGCGCCUGUGCCUAGCCAACAACCGCAAUUUAGGAUUUGGGAGUUACCGAAAUUGUUGAGGAGGCUCUCGUUGAGGGGGACUCUUGAUUUGGGCCAGUCGGUAGUUGAACCCCAGCCAAUCUCAUAUCCCCAAAUUGAAGAACUUGAGUUGCAUUUGGAUGGACCUGUGUCUCCUGGUUUAGUGACGAACUUAUGCAAAAUGAUUUUACAAUUGAGUGGUCCCUGGACUUCAAAGAUAAAGAUAUCGAAAUUUGAUCACGAUAGCGGGAGCUUCGACAUAUUUAUUCCGUUUUUCAAUACACAUGUGAGGGAAAAGGAAAUCACCUUGGAGUCUUUGUCAUUGGUGCAAACCACAGCUCCACCGUUGAGUUUUCUACCUUUAACAGAAUUGGAACUCGUCAAGAUGGGAGACAAUAUUGGACUACUGCUGUGGAAGCUUCCCGUCACUUUGGAAAAAUUAACACUUGUCAAGGUACAUGAGAAUGCCAGUCUAGUGUUGGAGAUGCUUCCAUUGCGAUUACUGUACUUGCGUUUACUGCGGUGCAACAUCAAAUGGGAGGACGUUGAUCUCAACUUUGCAAAAUUUUCGAAAUUGAAAGAUCUUGAAUUGUCAAGCUCUGAUUUGGGGUCUAUGGUUGAAAGGUGUGUGUUCCCCAAGUCUGUUGAAAGAUUGAAUCUAAGUGAUAAUUUUAUCGUCUCCUUAGACAAGGUUACCUUCCCACCCAAAAUGGAAAAGUUGGAUAUCACUUUCAAUCACUUGAGAAGAUUGGAUGGGGCUUCCUACCCGGUGACUUUGAGGGAUAUCAAUGCUUCAUUUAAUGAAUUGGACGAAGUUGACCUCUUGGUGAAUAGGAGUGGAGAGUUACUACAACUCGAUAAAUUACGCAUAGACAGUAACAAGUACACACUUUCAAGAUCUGCCUUGACCAAGCUACCUUCCAGUCUCAAGGAGUUUUCAAUGUAUGGAGGUGUACCACGUGUUCCGGUUGAUGAAACUCUUUCUUCAACACAGGUACUUCCAGGUCAAUACAUGUUCACCAGUCUCGAUCUACAUGGGGUUGAAUGGGGCAGCCACAAGCUUGAGUUCCCACAAACCUUGGAGGUGCUCGAUUUAUCUAGCAAUGGGCUUUCCAAGUUUCCAAAGUCAGUUUUGGGGUUGCGUAAUUUGCGGGUGUUGACCAUGGAACUGAAUGAACUCACACAGGUGUCAGUGCAUUUUUCAACUACGUCAAUUGAAGUGCUCAAUCUUUCGUAUAAUCCACUAUAUGAACUUGACUUGAGUUUUCCUGCAACAGAAACUAAUCUUCGAGUGUUGAAGUUGAAUGAUACUAUGUUGCAAGCGUUUUCCAUGGACAACCUUGGCCAACACAAGGGUGUUACACAUCCAAGAUUACACGAAAUUGCGCUUAAUGCUGAUACAAUUCUGCCGCCAUUGAUUGAUAUAGAGGCCUUGAUUCCAACACUUCCCCAAUCUACGAAAUGCUUGUGGUACAAGAACACCAAACAGAAGAAAUGGGGCGGUGUCAAUUAUGUGGUUUUGGUGAAUGAGUUGCCGGAUAAAGUAAUCAAGGAGAAGCUGUUACAUAUUGUGCAAGCGUAG